AUGGCGUUUGCAUCUACAUGUGGCAACCAAACGGAUGCUAAUGCAAAUUGCUUUAUCAGAGAUAGCUCAGUUACAGUGAUGCCUUCUAAGCCAGGUUUCCUCUACGCGGGCCUAUUGUCUAAAAGCCUUAAGAAUGAAAGUCAACAUUCCAGGCAAAGGAGAUCCUGCUUUGGAAACCGUCGCGAAAGACGGUCAUGUGUGGGCACUAAAGAUCCACCGCCAAAAGGAUUUCUUAGCACUGUGUUUCCGAAGUAUGAUUCAAAUACAGACGUUAACUACACCUUGACCAUCACCCAAUCGAGUUGUUUGUAUUGGUCAGAGAACACAGAGGAGUGGACCGCAGAAGGUUGCCGGGUUAGCCAAGACUCGAACACCACCCAUCUUAAAUGUCUCUGCAAUCAUUUAACAUCUUUUGGUGGAAAUUUUAUCCAAGCACCAAACCCAAUUGACUUCGACAAAGUUUUUACCGGGUUUUUAAACCUUGCUGAAAGUGACAAUAUUUCAGUACUUGUGAUAAUUGCCUGUAUUUUCCUCCUGUACCUCGUUGUCUUAAUCUUUGCAAGGAGGGCCGACAAGAGAGAUCUAGACAAGAUUUGCCCACCCAAAUUGAUACCGCUUGUGAAAGAAGGAGCCUAUUAUUAUGAUAUGGUUGUAAGCACUGGCGUUUGGAAACAUUCCGCAACAACAGCUAACAUAACAAUCAGUAUCAAGGGGAAAAAUUAUGAGCAGAGUCAAAUUCCAUUGAGGGAGAAAGGGGAGUGGAGCGAGCUUUUCGGACGUGGGAGUAUUAACGGCUUUGUUCUCGUGUUGAAAGAAUCCAUUGGCCCUUUGAGAGAAAUUACUUUGGCUCACGAUAAUUCGGGUGAUAAUCCGUCUUGGUUUGUAGAAAGCGUAGUUAUCCAAGACCGCCAGACCGAAGAAAGGUGGGUUUUCCCUAUAAAUAGGUGGCUUGCGUUGGAAAAAGACGACGGCCAAAUAGAGGUUACUGUGGACAGCAAAUCUCGCUCUGCCUUCUCAGCUCAGGUGCGUUCGUGCUUUGCCAGAAAAAUUGCCGACAGUCACUUGUGGAUGUCAGUGUUUGGAAAAGCAUGUAGCAGUAUCUUCACACGUGUGCAAAGAGCUUCAUGUUGCCUUUCAGUUCUGUUUAGUGCAAUGAUAGCAAAUGCCAUGUUUUAUAACACUGGUGGUGAAUCAGAUGGUGCGAUACAAGUUGGGCCUUUCAAGUUUUCUUGGAGACAGAUAGUCAUCGGAGCACAAAGUGGCAUUAUCAUUGCACCAGUAAACAUAAUAGUUGCCUUCUUAUUUAAGUCCAGCAAACCGAGGAAGAAAAGGAGCGAAAAAUACCAAGUUACAGACGAGGCCCAACGACUUUUGGAUGAAAUAAAGGACACUGAUUACCUGCUUCCUCAUUUCUUUGUCUAUCUAGGCUGGUUUUUUUGCUUUUGUACAACUAUGACAGCAGCAACGUUUACGCUAUUUUACAGUUUGAUGUGGGGAAAAGAAACCUCUGAGGAGUGGCUUGCUUCUAUUCUAAUUUCCAAUGGACAAGAUAUUUUUGUUGUGCAGCCUACGAAGGUUAUGAUAGUAGUUAUCGUUAUUUCCUUUCUCCUGACAAGAAAGAACAAAGGCAAGUGCGAAGAAGAAGAAGAAGAAAAAGAGCCUGCUAUCGAUCUACAAGCAAUUGAGAUAGAUUUUUCGGGCGAUGAUCCCAAACAGCGCUUUGAGAAAUAUCAGCGGGAAAAGAUGAGGAAGAGAUCAAAAAAAGAAGCUCAGUUAACAAGUAUGACAAGAGACAUUAUUCUGCAUUUAAUAUUUGUAUUUCUUCUAGCCAUCGUAUCUUAUGGAAACAAGAAUGGAAAUCGUUUUCUGAUGACCACCGAGACGAGAAAUCGAUUCACGGAGUUUAAUCUGGUUAAGGAUGCGCACAGAUUAGAAGCAUGAUUAAAGAACGAAUUUAUAUUAAACAUUUAUAACCAGGCGUGGUACAACGGACUUGAAGAGAAAAACGACGUGUACAUCGGGAACAAGAUGUCGAUAUUGGUGGGAAUGCCGUGGUUGCGACAGCUCAGAAUUA